CUCAACAAACGAAAACUCGCGCAUUCAAGUCUCUCAAGCUUCGUUCUCGAGCUUCGGCGAAACCAUCGAGGAGAAUUCCAUGGCCAUGGACGGCAGCCUCGUCGGAGCCAUCGAUCAGGGCACCACCAGCACUCGCUUCAUCAUCUACGACGCCAACGCACGCGCCGUCGCCUCUCACCAGGUCGAAUUCACGCAGUUCUACCCCGAGGCCGGAUGGGUGGAGCACGAUCCGAUGGAGAUCUUGGAGAGUGUGAGGGUUUGCACGGCGAAGGCGAUGGAUAAGGCCACGGCGGAGGGGUUUAAUGUCGAUGGAGGGUUGAAGGCGAUUGGGCUGACGAAUCAGAGGGAGACUACCGUGAUUUGGAGCAAGUCCUCGGGACUUCCGCUCUAUAAUGCCAUUGUUUGGAUGGAUGUUAGGACUAGCUCUAUUUGCAGGAGACUAGAGAAAGAGCUGUCUGGUGGCAGAACCCAUUUUUUUGAGGCAUGUGGUCUGCCUAUCAGUACUUACUUCAGUGCUCUCAAAAUCUUAUGGCUGAUUGAAAAUGUUGAAGAUGUCAGGAAAGCCAUUCAAAAGGGUGAUGCACUAUUUGGCACUAUUGAUACCUGGCUGAUCUGGAACCUCACUGGUGGAUGUCGGGGGCUUAACCGGGAUCAGAACAGGGUAAAUGGAGUUCAUGUCACUGACUGCUCAAAUGCAUCUCGAACCAUGCUUAUGAACCUUAAGACACUGGAUUGGGAUAAGCCCACUCUAGAGACAUUAGGCAUACCUGUUGAGAUUUUGCCUAAGAUUGUCAGCAAUUCUGAGACCAUUGGCGUGAUCGCCAACGGGUGGCCACUUUCUGGUGUUCCAAUUGCCGGUUGCCUUGGGGAUCAACAUGCGGCAAUGCUUGGUCAAUUGUGCAGGAAGGGAGAAGCCAAGAGCACAUAUGGGACUGGUGCAUUCAUUCUUCUCAACACUGGUGAGGAAGUAAUUUACUCAUCUAAUGGGCUGCUCAGUACUAUAGCAUACAAACUAGGCCCCAAUGCAGAAACAAACUAUGCUCUGGAAGGGUCCAUUGCCAUUGCUGGUGCAGCAGUUCAGUGGCUUAGGGAUGGCCUUGGGAUCAUUCAGAGUGCCAAGGAGAUUGAGGACUUGGCUCUGCUUGUGGAGAACUCUGGUGGUGUAUACUUUGUACCAGCAUUUAAUGGGCUGUUUGCCCCAUGGUGGCGUGAUGAUGCAAGGGGAGUGUGCCUGGGAAUCACUCGGUUCACAAACAAGGGACACAUUGCUAGGGCAGUGCUGGAGAGUAUGUGCUUUCAGGUGAAGGAUGUGCUUGAUUCCAUGCACAAGGAUGCUGAAGAAAAGGUGAUGAAGGAAGGGGAGUUCUUGUUGCGGGUUGAUGGGGGCGCCACUGUCAAUAAUCUUCUCAUGCAGAUUCAGGCUGAUUUGUUGGGCAGUGCAGUUGUGAGGCCUGCAGAUAUAGAAACAACAGCUCUUGGAGCUGCAUAUGCUGCAGGUUUAGCCAUCGGCAUUUGGACAACAGAAAAGAUAUUCGAUCUCGAGCACAAGGAAAAGCCGACCGUAUUUCACCCGAAACUAGGUGAAGAACAGAGGAAGAAGCGAAAUGAGUCUUGGUUCAAAGCCGUAUCGAGAACCUUUGAUUUGGCUGAUUUAUCUAUUUAAGUUCUCCUUCAAUAAUCAAAAACUGUAAACUUUAAUCUUCUUUCUUCUUCUUUGGGGUGCUCUUUUCCUUAAUUUCGGUUAUUUGAAUAAAUUGUUCAUGUUUUCAGUUAACCAUAGAAACACAUUUGUUGAUGCUUCUUUCUUCUCUCUUUUUUCACUUGGUUGUGUAUUGUUGUUAUAUUUAUGUUGAGAGUUAGUGAAAA